AUGAUGAAUUUAAUCAGGUUGUUCUCACGUGCCAGUCGUCCCGUAUUUGCAAAAGGGAUCUCUACGUCUUCGAUCCUGAAUGCAGACCUCAGCCUUACUUUCGCUUCUCCACGGUCGGUUUAUUAUAGUAAAGUAAAUGUCAAGCAAGUUGACGUCCCCGGUAUUUCGGGUGCCUUUGGUAUUCUUCCGGAACACGUUCCUACCAUCGCAUCUCUCCGACCUGGUGUCGUUGCUGUGACCGAGAACGAUGGGUCAAUUAAAAAGUACUUUGUAAGUAGUGGGACCGUCACAGUAAAUGCUGACUCAAGUCUUCAGAUCCUUGCUGAGGAAGCUGCCACUUUAGAUCAAUUAGAUCCUCAGGCGGUUCGCGACGGUCUUGCGAAGGCCCAGUCACAGCUCUCUUCUGCAACCACUGACCAGGCUAAAGCCGAAAUUCAAAUCAGUAUAGAAGCUUUUGAAGCUAUGGCUAAUGCUGUUUAA